GUGUGAAUUGAGUUUAAUUUUGGAGCAGCAAUUUAUACAUGAAACUUGUAUCUAUUUGCAAUCAGAUUUCGUGUAUUACCACUUGUUUUUUGAUUCCCUGACGAAGAUGGUUAACGAGUCUGUUGGCUUGGAUGUUUAUCAUGCUAUUAAAUCAGUCCGUCAUAUGCACAGUCAAACGAUUCAGUUUAGUAGAAAGAUUGAUUCCUUUUUCAGAUUAACUCUGUUGAACACUCUUGGAUUUCUGACAAUUUACUCUAUUUGUAACAUUGGUUUGAUUUUAGCACCCAAUCAAACCAUGAUGAGAGUACUAACUAUAAUUGGUAAAGCUAUUCUUUUUUUGGCUAUACUGAGUGUAAGUGUUUAUCAUUUUGCUCGAGUAAACUACUUGUCACUCCAAAUAUUCAACAAAGUUUAUGAUCUUUCACUAUCACCAAACUUGGUACGAUCAAUUGAAACCAUGAAUGAGAUAAAUUUGUUUCUAUUUCGAAUCCGUCGAGACGAUGUUGGAUUCACAUUUGCUGGUCUAUGCGUGGUUUCAGUCAAUUUUAUAUCAUCUUUGGCUAUCAUUGCACUAACUAUUGGCCUAGCUUUACCAGGCUUUUUUAAAUAACAUGUCUUUGUCUAAUCAUUUCGUUCCGAUCAACGAGCCCUCGAUCAAAACUGAUCGUAAAUUUCUUUGCUCUGUACAAAAAACUCAACUUAUAUUUUAAGACUCAAAUUA